AGCUGCCAAACCUAGUCUGCUUGCGGCCUCUGGAGCCAGCAGCUCUGUGCCCUUGGUCUCAGGCAGCAGUCCCUUUGUGGACAGGCGAGCUGGGGAGAAAAUAAAGCUGGUUUGGUGCAAUUUCCUAGGGCCUGACUGCAGAGUCAUCGGGCUGCUCUCACUUGCUUCACCCUCAUACCUUCUCUGGCUCUGGCGUCUGGGUUCCAGCAGGUUUUCCCCAAAUAAUUAAAAAUAGCAUGAAGUGCUUUUACUUUCAGGUUCAGCUUUAUGCUCAUUUCCUUUCUUAACAACCUCAGUUUGUUUUCAGCUUCUGUGGGAGAAGAAAACAGCAAGGGUGAGUUAAGAGGUACCUGGAUGCUCAUUCUUGAACAGAACAGCAAUCUAUGGCUCAGGGCUGGGGAUUCUGGUGACCUUAGUGGAUGCCUUCAACAGCGGAGCGGUUCCCUCUCUGGAGAACACGGUGAUAUCUGUGUCCUAGUGUGAGGACUCAGUGGCUCUGCAGAGUGAGGUUCCCACAGAAAUGGUCGUGGCAGUACCAGACCUGGGCUAUGGAGCUGCCCCCACGGAGCAGCCCCCCCAAAAUGACGAGGAGUUAUGGAAGAAGUACAUGAGUUUAGUGCAGAUGAAGAAGGAACUAGAGGGAAGCUGCAUGAAGAAAGAUGAGCUUCUCCAUGAAGCACGAGAAGCCUUAGCAGAGGAGCAAGCCAAAAGAGAGACAGCUGAGAAGGAAAAGCGGCUUCUUGAGAAAAGGUGUAAAAUGCUGCAGCAAAAGUUAGAGACUCUAGAAACAAUUUUCCAGGAAUCCAUGGCCCAAAUGAGAGAGGAGAUAAAGAGAGAGAGAAAAAACCUUCUGAGAGGGCAGAAUGAGAGGAUUCAGAGGCUGGAGGCCCAAACAAAAAUCAUGACUGGUAACAAGCAACAUACUGAAACUGACUGCACUCCAAAGAUAAUGGAGAACAAUGACAGAGAAGAUACUUCGCAGCCUUCGUGGUGGCCUCAAAUUUGUGAGCUGCUACAAGAGUUGAUUUUACUAAUGGUCAAGUUUUUCUCUUGUAUGUAAUUUCAGGUCAAAGGAAAACAUUUAAAAGAAAAUAUGAAAAGAUACUCAACAUCACUCAUCAUCAGGGAAAUGCAAAUCGAAAUGACAAGAUAUCAACUCACACCUAUCAGAAUGGCUAAAAUCAACAACACAAGAAAAAACAAGUAUUGGUGAAGAUGUGGAGAAAAAGGAACCCUCGUGCACUGCUGAUGGGAAUCUACACUGGUGCAACCACUGUGGAAGACAGUACGGAGGUUCCUCAAAAAAUUAAAAAUAGAACUACCCUACAAUCCAGUAAUCACAUUACUGGGUAUUUACCCAAAAAAACAUGAAAACACAAAUUCAAAGGGAUACAUGCACCCCUAUGUUUAUGGCAGCAUUAUCCGCAACAGCCAAACCAUGGAAGCAGCCCGUGUCCACUGAUAGAUGAAGGGAUAAAGAAGAUGUGGUAUAUGAUGUGGGAAACAAAGGCAAAAGAAAAAAAAUUACAUUUCCUUACAACUUACAACCCAUUGACAAGUCCUUGAGACAGGCAGAGUGACCUUCCUCUAGAACUCCACUGCCUCAAUGAUGAUACUUGGCUGAGGGCAAAAGGCAAUCUUAGCUUAACAUUAUCCUGACCUCCAGGAUCCUGUAAGUCUACUUUAACAUAUAAAAAUUCCUUUGGAAACUUCUUUGAUCUCUACCCCCCAAGAUAUAGGUGGGCAAUCCUACUCCAAGCUUAUGUGGCCCACUGAUAUACAUCUGAAGGUUCUCAUGACUGAGUUUUUACUAAAUGGUAAUAAAUGACCUUUUCCUAACAGCAGCUAGCCCCCUCCAGGUCCUUAAAACCUUGUUUCCAAAAUACCUUGGAGAUUUAUGCUAUUUCUAACCCCCGCCCAACCUGAAGGUAUAUAAUCAGUCACUGGUUUCAACCCCAGUGCGACUCUUUCUGUCCACUGGACCUGUCCAAUAUCUAAUCAAAAAGAGAUCAAUGAAAUUGUUGCUGAUAUCUCUUUAUGCUUGUUUAUGAUCCAUCAUCCUUGAAUUACUCACAAUCAGGGAAUUUUUCCUAUAUGAAUAUUCCUUUUUAUCUGAUAAACCCAUGUGCCCUUCUGAUGUUUUGAAAUUGCAGUUGUUUUCUUCAUUCCCACAUGGAUACAUUCUUUCUGAUUUUAGUAGUUCUCCAUAUGUCCUCUCUAACACUUGACACAGGCAUGUUGCAAGGAUGUGUAACAUUUUUUGUGUGUAUAAUUUUAGGUAGUGUUUUGGUGAGGGCUUCAAGAAGCUCCAAUUAACUACAUAUACUCUGAACUUCCAUUAGGGAUUUUAAUCAGCUUGUCUAUUAAAAAAAUCAAAUAUAUUCAUAUUCUAGGGUUUUCAAACUGAGCUGUUAUUCUUAGGGAUAAUUUAAUGUGACAAUGAUGAGGAAGCAAAAGGCAAGCUGAGGUCAAAACACCCUCAAACACCCUGAAACACCCGCCCCCCACCCCCACCAGGUGGGAUAUGUGUGACAUUCCUUAUGUACUCCUGGCUUCCCAAAACAAAGGAAAGGGAAAAACAAAUGGUCAACUGAUAGAGAUCACAGUAGUGUAGGACAUGAGUCUCCAUCAGUUGGCAACUGUCUUCAUGAUUUAUAAGAAAAAGGCAAUCUCCAGAAACCUAUAGAUGCAACUUCCUAGAGCCCUAACAUCACCCUCCUCUUCCAUAGGAUAGAAAAUCCUCUAUAAUCAGUCACUCCUCAAAACCCCAGUGCAGCUCUUUCUGCCCACGAGUCCCAUCCCCAUGCUAUAAUAAAAACACCUUUUUG